ACGUAAGUUGGGGUGAAGUGUUUGAGAUUUUGAGGUGGUGUUUGGAAUUUUGUUACGAAUGCGAGGAAUGCCAAUCAAAUCCAAAUUUAAUCUUUUUAAGUUUCCAAAUUCAAAUCAAGUUCCCAAGUGACCUAAAAUUCGUUAUUCCGUGUAAUUUUUCAAAAUCUGUUCUUCCUCUUACCAAUUCUGUUUUCUCAAAUCUGUGCUUCCCGUGUUCGAGAGCUUGAGUGCUUCCAUCUUCAGUCGUCACUUUUUCGGUCUUCGUUGUCCCCACUCAAAUGUAGAAGAUUCAAUUUGCAGGAAGAUUUCAGAAUUUAAAUUGACUUGGAAGAUCUUUCACAUAUCUAAAUUCCAGUUCUCUCUCAGCAAAUGGAAGCAAAAGAGCCAAUCAUCAUCACAGAGAAAGAGGAAAUGAGAAAAUGGUCGAGGUUUGCGAGAGCCCAAGGCAAGACCAUAGGUUUUGUACCCACCAUGGGUUAUCUUCACGAAGGCCAUCUUUCCCUCAUCAGAGAAGCGCAAAAACACGCACAAGUAAUCGUCGUCUCAAUCUAUGUGAACCCAGGUCAAUUUUCUCUUAACGAGGACCUAUCAACCUACCCUUCUGAUUUUCUUGGAGAUAUUGAGAAGCUGAAGUCCCUCCCAUGUGGUAUUGAUGCUGUGUUCAGCCCCCGUAACCUGUACGAUUAUGGAGAUGGGUGCGGAAGGAGCCGACUAGAAAUGGCGCAUAGAACAGAAGGAAAUGCCAUUUCUUGUGUCGAAGAAAAUGGGGGAGGAGGGCAUCAGACAUGGGUUGCAGUUGAAAGAUUGGGGAAGGGGUUGUGCGGGAAGAGUCGACCCAUCUUUUUCAGAGGGGUUGCCACUGUUGUCACCAAACUGUUCAACAUAGUUGAGCCUGAUUUUGCUGUCUUUGGCAAGAAGGACUAUCAACAAUGGAGGAUUAUUCAGAAAAUGGUGCGAGAUCUUGAUUUUGGCAUUAAGGUAAUUGGUGCUGAGGUAGUGCGUGAAGAUGAUGGCAUUGCGAUGAGUUCUCGUAAUGUGCGGCUCUCACCAGAUGAGAGAAAACAGGCUUUAUCGAUAAGUCGGGCACUUUCAAAAGCCAAAGUAGCAGCCGAGAAAGGGGGGCUGGUCAAUUGUAAGGACCUGAGAGAUGUAGUUAUUAAAACGAUAGAGGAGGCCGGUGGAAGAAUAGAUUAUGCCGAGAUUGUAGACCAAGAAAGUCUAGAGCCAGCCGAAGUGAUUGAGAUGCCUAUGGCAUUCUGCGUAGCAGCUUGGUUUGGAAGUGUCAGACUGAUUGACAAUGUGGAAAUAAAUGUCUGAAUGGAUGGAUCGUCAAGAGAAGACGAGACUCGCCAAUCUUUUGGACACGAAGUGACCACUUAAGUUUGGCCCUACAUUUUUAGUUUCUGAAUUCCUAGAUGAAACAUUUUUUAUUGAUAGUGCUAAGGUAUGGGAAUUCUUUUGCUCUACCUUAGGUGUAGUGGCACUUUCUAAUGCCAUUUUUUUUGUGUGUGCCAUCCAUCAAGAUAGAACUUUUGGGAUACAACGAGGGAGACCAAAUUGUCCGGUUGCUCUUUGAUACGAUUUCCUGAUGUACUUCAAUGACAGUUGUCUCAAGACAAAGGAGACAAAAACAUGCGGCUAACCCUAAUUGGGAUCCAGAGCUCUCCAUCCGCCAUAGCCAAAGAGGAAGAAAAAAAAAGAAAAAAUCAGGGCAAAGAACAUAAUUUUUUCAAGGAAAUAUGAAAUCAAUCGAGAAUUCACUU